AUGAUUCGGUUGUUUUUGAUCUGUGCGUUACUCGGCGUGUCUCUUACAUACCCUACAUACCAGCAAGCCAUACCGAAUGGCGGAAGUGUCCCCAGCCCUUGUCCCGGCAAUCGAAUUUGGGCUGGUGUAGGCCACAUCAACCGGAAUGGUGGUGGGGUUAGGAAUUUGUUUGGAUUGGAUUUCGCCUCUUCUGCGCAUGCCUGGACACAUGACUUAUGUAUAGCUGAUUCGGACUCCGACGGUGUUUCCAAUGGAGCGGAAUUAGGGGAUCCGAACUGUGUAUGGACAACCGGCCACAAACCCGAGCACAAUGCUACAGGUCAUCCAGGGAUCUGCGAACCAAUGGACAAUUCAAAGUGUCUCUCAUUAAAUACUAAAAAUAAUAUCACGUGUUAA